AGAUACACUUUGGAAAAAUCUCUAAAUAAAAGGAGUGGGAUUCUACAUUCUAGAGAGAGAAACAGGAAAACUCGACCUCUGCUUCUGAACGUUUCCUGUGAAUUCUUCAUGGAAGACUUCAGAUCCAAAUCCUAUGCCGGUGGAAGAAUGCAGAUAGAGAAUUACAACGGACCCACUUCCUAUGGCGUCAACAGCAUGCAAGAUCUCAGGUGUUACAGCGCCUCCUACGCCUCAGCGGUGCGCCCUGCUCCGACCACCCAGACGGCCCCGAAUAACGAAAACAAGUUCAAAAAGGGGAAAUCGACAAACGCGGUGUCUUCAAGGAGCUGGAGUUUCUCCGAUCCGGAGUUGCAGAGGAAAAAGAGGGUCGCUAGCUAUAAGGUGUAUUCCGUUGAAGGAAAACUCAAAGGGUCUCUGAAAAAGAGUUUCAGGUGGCUCAAAGACAGGUACACUAGAGUCGUCUAUGGAUGGUAGGAAUUACCCAAUCUGUGCUUUCUUUCUUCAAUUGUUUCCCUAAGGUAAUGGUAUCUUCUUCUUUUUUCUUUUUUCUUUUUUUAAUUUUUUGCCUUUUGCUUUGUAAAUUUGGGUACUUUUAGAGUUCUCAAUUUCUGUGAAGGAAUAUCACAGAUUUUUAGUAACUGUAUUUACUAUGAUCUUUAAAGACUGUGAGUUAUCAGAAGAUGUUGGUGAUUUGAAGUUAAUAUGGUGACAAUUUGUGGAAGACAAUCGUUUUGAGGGUUUCCAACUUUGGACUCUAUUUACUUGAAUUCCAUAGAAAUCCCAGAGCUGUCUUAACAUUAUUUCU